CAUUUUCUUAUCAAUAGAUUAAUAACUAAAAUAGUGAGAGCACGUCUCCAAUAAAUUACAUUAUAAUUAAAGAAAUUUUAAUGUUUACAUUAUUCUACAUAUUGUAAUGAGCGUUUUUAUAAUUGAUUUUGACAAUCAGCUGUUUUGUUUUGGGAUUUGAGAUGACAAGGGUUUGACGUUUUGUUUAGUAUCUAAAACUACGCAAAGUGCCAUUAAAGUUAAGAAGAAACAACAAAACAAGAAACGAACGCCGGUUUUUGUGUUUGAUAAACAUCAAAUAAAUAUGGCUUGGAAGUCUUCGAGAGGAUAUUUUCUCUUCAAUUUAAAUACUAUAGUUUCAAAAACAAAUUUAUCUGUCCCAAAGGUUUUAUCCUGUGUAAGCUAUAGUACUCUAUCUAAAAGAAGUAAAGUAUACAAUGAUUUUACCAGUGCUGUAAGUGAUAUAAAAGAUGGGUCAAAACUUUUAGUAGGUGGGUUUGGCUUGUGUGGAAUACCAGAAAAUUUGAUUGCAGCCUUGAAGACAACGGGUGUCGGUGGUCUCACUGUGGUGUCAAAUAAUGCAGGUGUUGAAGACUUUGGUCUAGGGAUUUUAUUAAAAACUAAACAAAUUAAACGCAUGAUUGCUUCUUAUGUUGGCGAAAAUGCAGAAUUUGAAAGACAGUAUUUAAGUGGAGAGUUAGAGGUAGAGUUGACACCUCAAGGGACAUUGGCUGAAAGGAUUCGUGCUGGUGGAGCAGGCAUACCUGCCUUCUUUACUCCCACAGGCUAUGGUACCCUCAUUCAUGAAGGUGGAGCUCCCAUUAAAUAUUGUAAAGAUGGAAAGAUUAAUCUGGCAAGUGCUCCUCGUCAUAAUCAACAAUUUAAUGGUAAAAAUUAUGUUAUGGAGGAAGCAAUUACUGGUGAUUAUGCUUUAAUUAAGGCAUGGAAAGCAGACAAACAUGGUAACUUAAUAUUUAGAAAGACAGCUCGUAAUUUUAAUCCAGCAAUGUGUAAAGCAGCCCGUGUCACAAUAGCUGAAGUAGAAGAAAUAGUUGAUGAAAUUGAUCCUGAUAAUGUGCAUAUUCCAUCAAUAUUUGUGCACAGAGUAGUCAAAGGUGAUAAGUUUGAGAAAAGGAUAGAAAGAAAAACACUAAGGAAGCUUGAAGGACACAAGGAAAAGAAAGCAUCAGAUAUAAUGAGAGAAAGAAUAAUUAAACGUGCUGCAUUAGAAUUUAAGGAUGGCAUGAAUGCUAAUCUUGGAAUAGGUAUGCCUAUGUUGGCCAGCAAUUAUAUCCCAAAGAAUGUUAACAUUUUCUUACAAUCUGAAAAUGGUGUGCUUGGUCUUGGUCCAUUCCCUACUGAAGACCAAGUGGAUCCCGAUUUAAUAAAUGCAGGAAAAGAGACAGUUACUGUAGUUCCAGGAGCAUCAUACUUUUCAUCUGAUGAUAGCUUUGCUAUGAUUCGAGGUGGUCAUAUUGACCUGACAAUUCUUGGUGCAAUGCAGGUUUCUAGAUAUGGUGAUUUAGCGAAUUGGAUGAUACCUGGCAAAAUGGUUAAAGGAAUGGGUGGUGCUAUGGAUUUAGUGUCGGCACCACGAACGAAAGUCGUAGUCACCAUGGAACACACUGCCAAAAAUGGUGCCCACAAGAUUCUAUCAGAUUGUUCAUUGCCACUCACUGGCAAGAACUGUGUGGAUAUGAUUAUUACUGAAAAGUGUGUUUUCGAAGUGGACAAAGAAAGUGGUCUUACUCUGACAGAAUUAGCUGAAGGUGUAACAGUUGAAGAUGUAAUCGUUAGCACUGGUUGUGAGUUUAAUGUCGCCACCAAACUGAAGAAAAUGGGAGAUGUUACGCAGUCAGAACCUAUAUCUGAAUAAGUGGAUAGUUUAUAUAAAUAAUAUCUGCAGGUCCUCAAAAAGAAACAAGAAUAUUAAUAUUAUGUGUAAGAUUAUUUGAAAUUUUUUAUACUCUAAAUUUCAUAAUUUGAAUUAAGUUAUUCCAGGGCUUA